CACAGUAUUCCGUACACUAGGUUCCUCAGGUUGGCCCUGCGCACCACCUCAACAGACGGCCGCCACCCCCUCGAGUGCGAAGCAAGACGGAGACGUUGAGAGCAAGCAAAGAUCAGCACCUUGCACGGUGGUCUCGCGAUUUUUUACUACGCCUGAAAGGGAAGCCUGAGUUUAUCGCUUUAUUCCUUUGCGACCGUCUCCAAUCCUAGCUAUCAGGCGCAAACGGUGAGGAGCGUUUCCGGCCAGCCUCGGUAUUCUUCUCUUCGGCCAGCUCUCGUCCUAGUAGAGAGCGAUCGAUCGAGCGAGCGAGCUAGCGAGCAAACAACCUUCCAACACGCUGUCGCCCACGAUGGCUUCCAAGGCCAUGUGGGAGGUCGAUCCUGAGACCAGAUCCAAACUCCUCGCGAUCCAGCAAGAAGCCAACAACAACCUCUGCUGCGACUGCAACGCGCCCUCGCCGCAGUGGGCGUCGCCCAAGUUCGGCAUCUUCAUCUGCCUGUCGUGCGCCGGCGUGCACCGCGGCCUGGGCGUGCACAUCUCGUUCGUGCGCUCCAUCUCCAUGGACGCCUUCAAGGCCGCCGAGAUCGAGCGCAUGCGCCUCGGCGGCAACGCGAACUGGCGCCGCUUCUUCGAGGAGCACGAGGAUACCAAGAUGAGGGGGCUCAGCUGGGACGACGCGACCAUCGCGGAGCGGUACAGCGGGGAAGUCGGUGAGGAGUGGAAGGAGCGCCUGAGCGCCAAGGUCGAGGGCAGGGAGUACGUCCCCGGGGAGAAGGCGGCGCGGUCGCAGCAGCCGAGCAAGAGCGCCAGUCCUGCGCCGAGCGCUGGUGGUGCGUCCUCGUCGGCGGCGGCGCCGACGCGCAGCGGGCCGAGGGCCAACACGCCGCUGAGCGGGACCGCUGGCGGGAGCAGGACGGCCAGCCCCGCGCCAGGCAAGAUCAAGGUGGACGUGGACUACUUCGCGAAGCUGGGCGAGCGCAACGCGCAGCGGCCCGACGACCUGCCGCCGAGCCAGGGCGGCAAGUACAGCGGGUUCGGCAACUCGGCGCCGCGGCCGCAGAGGGACGAGCAGACGCUACCGGGGCUGGAAGAUCUGCAGCGGGAUCCCGUCGCGGCGAUCAGCAAGGGGUUCGGCUGGUUCGCGUCGACGCUCACCAAGACGGCCAAGACGGUCAACGAGGGGUUCAUCCAGCCGACCGCGAAGCAAAUAUCCGAGUCCGAGUUCGCCGCGCAAGCCCGCAACGCAGCGGCGCAGGCGGCACGGUCGGCGCAGGCGGGCGCCCGGUCGGCGCAGGAGGGCUUCACCCGCUUCGUGGAGGGCCCCGCCGGCAGCGGAUACAAGCCGGUGAACAGCGACAACUUCGACGAGAGCAGGCGGGCGUUCUGGGACGACCUGGCCGCGGCGGCGGACAAGAGGAAGAAGACGGGCAGCUCAAUAGGCACGUCGGCCAUGGGGAAGGGCGGCAGUAGCAGCAGCAGGCAGACCGGGCCGGCGGCGAACAGUGCGAAGGAGGAGUGGGAUGAUUGGUGAGGGUGCGUACAUGUGGUGUGUGGAAAGGUCAAGGGGUGGGUGCUGGUAGGGGGAGGAGAGGGCGCGAUCCAUCGCGUACAUACAUAGCGCCCGCCCAGCUGGGGUGAGCUUGCACGGUGUGGGAGCGUAGAUAUGCCUUUUGAUUAUGAUUAAUAGCCAUUUUCACGGAGUUGACGGCGA